ACAGAAGCAACAUGAUGAAACUCGUAGCAACAAUCUUGGCCGUUGUGGCUCUGUCGAGCCCAAUGAACGCCUACCAUCUGCCACGCGCCGGAAACGGUGCUCUGGCCGACGAGCUCCAGACCUUCCUCGACGUGAUACCCAUCGACGAGAUGGUCUCGAUCCUCCUCGAAUACGCAUCCAACGACGCUGAAUUCCAAAAAGUGCUCACCUACCUGCAGACCCCAGAGUUCAAGGGACUGGUCAGCGAUCUCGAAGCUUUGCCUGAAGUACACGACCUGAUGAACUACAUACAGAAGGCUGGCGUCGACGUCUACUACCUGGUUAACGUGGCUAACAGGUACCUCGGCCUCAAGGAACUCACACCACAGUCCACCUUCAACACCUUGAAAAUCACCGGUGGAAUACGUGGAUUCCUCGACGACAUCAAGGCAAUCUUCCCCUUGGAGAAGGUGCGGGCUCUGUACAGAGAGAAACUGGUUACAUCCCAUGUGUUCGCCGACUUCGUCGCUCAGUUGAAAUCGCCCACUUUCCAGCGUAUCAUCAACUACCUGUGCGCCAACCCCAACUUCAACUCUCUGUUGGACAAGGCCAAGGCCAACGGCGUUGACGUAGUCGCUGUCAAGCAGUUAUUGCAGACCAUCCUUGGUCUCAAUGUACCCUGCAAGAGCAAAGCACUAAGAACUAUUGCUGCUGCUCCAUGGUACAUCAUCUCAGAUUCUCUACAUAAAGAUUUGGGCACACUUAAUAUCAAGCAACAAAUAGGAAAAUUCGCUACAGUUCUAGACCAUACACCGCAACACAGAAGACUGAAAAGGAACAAGCCUACCGAUUUGCAGAAAGUAAUCACGAUGAAACUCCUAGCGAUAGCUUUCACGGCGAUGGUUGCCUUCGCAACCGUCGAGAGCCACUACCUACCUGCGUUCGGUAAGGGACCGCUGUACGAAGACAUCCAGUACUUUAUAGACAUGAUUCCCAUGGAGCAAGUGGUGGCAACAGUUCUGGAAUACGCCUCCGAAGACGCUGAAUUCCAACAGUUGAUUAACUACUUCGCCACCGCGGAUUUCAAGUCUAUGAUACAGGAGGUCGAGGGUAUCAAGGAGUUCCACGACUUCGCCGAUUACCUGGAGACAAACGGUGUCUACAUCUACAACUCGUUGAACCGUCUGAACAAAGUAGUCGGAAUCCCGCCGUUCCACCAGACUUUCGCCGGUGAAAAACAAAUCACCGGUGGAGUGAAGGGUAUGUUCGAGGAUGUGAAGAAGCUGAUCUCCUACGACAAGUUCAUCAAGGGCUACGUGUACAAGAUGAGAACGUCCGACGCGUUCCGCGGUUUCGUCGCCGAAUUGAAAUCUCCCGGUAACCAGAAAUUCGUCGAUGAGCUAUACAGGAAAAACAAGUUCCUCCACUUCCGUGGAAUGAUCGCUGAUAAGGGUAUCGACGUCACUCUCAUCGAGGAUAUCAUCUACACCGUCCUGGGUGUCGAGUUUCCCAUUUUCGACAUGCCAUUCGAAUACUACGAGAAUCCACUGUCCAAGGACAUCCACGACUUCACCAAACUGAUCGACUUAAACAAGAUUGGACAGAUCGUUGUGUCUUAUCUGGAUGACGACGAGGUGCAGAAGGCUAUGGAGUACAUGUAUAGCGAAGAAUUCCAUCAACUGGUCCGUCAAGUCGAAGCUUUACCCGAGUAUCAAGAACUUGUUAUCUACCUGCACGAUGCCGGUUUGGAUAUCUAUGGCCUGCUCCAGAGGGUUCACAAAUUAUUCGGCAUGGAAGACUAUGUACCACCUAAGCACAUCUUCGAAUUUAGCCAGACAUAUGUUAACCGUGGUGGAGUGAAAGGAUUGGUCGAUGCUGUGAUCGCUGUUCUCCCAUUGCAAAAAUUCAAGGCCCUUUUCGAAGAGAAGAUGGCCACAUCUCCCGCCUUCGUCACCUUCGUUCAGAAACUCCGCUCUCCGGAUUUCCAGAAGAUCGUCAACGCUGUCUACACAUCGCCCAUCUUCUUAGAAAUGAGACAGAAGGCCAUCGACGCUGGACUGAACAUUGAACCAGUCAAGAAGAUCAUCGAGAACAUGCUUGGCAUCCAUCUUCCAACAGUCCCCCUUUACGCUUUCUACGAGAAUCCACUGUCCAAGGACAUCCACGACUUCACCAAACUGAUCGACUUAAACAAGAUUGGACAGAUCGUUGUGUCUUAUCUGGAUGACGAUGAGGUGCAGAAGGCUAUGGAGUACAUGUAUAGCGAAGAAUUCCAUCAACUGGUCCGUCAAGUCGAAGCUUUACCCGAGUAUCAAGAACUUGUUAUCUACCUGCACGAUGCCGGUUUGGAUAUCUAUGGCCUGCUCCAGAGGGUUCACAAAUUAUUCGGCAUGGAAGACUAUGUACCACCUAAGCACAUCUUCGAAUUUAGCCAGACAUAUGUUAACCGUGGUGGAGUGAAAGGAUUGGUCGAUGCUGUGAUCGCUGUUCUCCCAUUGCAAAAAUUCAAGGCUCUCUUUGAAGAAAAGCUGUCUACAUCUCCCGCCUUCAUCGCCUUCGUUCAGAAACUCCGCUCUCCGGAUUUCCAGAAGAUCGUCAACGCUGUCUACACGUCACCUAUUUUCCUGGAGAUGAGACAGAAGGCCAUCGACGUUGGACUGAACAUCGAACCAGUCAAGAAGAUCAUCGAGAACUUGCUUGGCAUCCAUCUUCCAACAGUCCCCCUUUACGCUUUCUACGAGAAUCCACUGUCCAAGGACAUCCACGACUUCACCAAACUGAUCGACUUAAACAAGAUUGGACAGAUCGUUGUGUCUUAUCUGGAUGACGAUGAGGUGCAGAAGGCUAUGGAGUAUAUGUAUAGCGAAGAAUUCCAUCAAUUGGUCCGUCAAGUCGAAGCUUUACCCGAGUAUCAAGAACUUGUUAUCUACCUGCACGAUGCCGGUUUGGAUAUCUAUGGCCUGCUCCAGAGAGUUCACAAAUUAUUCGGUAUGGAAGACUACGUGCCACCCAAUCAUAACCCUAGACUCUUCUGGUUCAGCGAGACGUACGUCAACCGUGGUGGAGUGAAAGGAUUGGUUGAUGCUGUGAUCGCUGUUCUCCCAUUGCAAAAAUUCAAGGCCCUUUUCGAAGAGAAGAUGGCCACAUCUCCCGCCUUCGUCACCUUCGUUCAGAAACUCCGCUCUCCGGAUUUCCAGAAGAUCGUCAACGCUGUCUACACGUCACCUAUUUUCCUGGAGAUGAGACAGAAGGCCAUCGACGCUGGACUGAACAUCGAACCAGUCAAGAAGAUCAUCGAAAACAUGCUUGGCAUCCAUCUCCCAACAGUCCCCGCGUUCUUCUUUCGCUGUCGCAAGAUGAAACUCGCUUUCGCUGUCCUCGCCGUUCUGGCCGCAGUUGGCCAAAUGAACGCUUACGUUUUGCCCAGCGUGGGCUCAGGUGACGUAGCCAAGGUGUUGCAAGAGUUCGUGUCCUACGUUCCACUCGACGAGAUGGCGGAGCUGACGAAAACGUACCUGGCCUGCGACAAAGACUUCCAAAGGGUCAUGCGACUCCUGCAGAGCGAGGAUCUGAAGGAAUAUCUCGCGGACGUCGAGGGUUCGAAAGAAUUCAAGAAACUGUUGAAUUACCUGCAAGAGAACGGUCUCGACGCUCAUCUGCUGUGGUCAGAAUUGAAAGAAUCCCUGGCGAAAGAACCUGUACAACUCCCGAAUGCCACCGAAUGCAAAGUCACUUUUAGCUUCAACGGCUUCGUGAACGAUCUCAACAGGCUUAUACCCAAAUACGAGUUAGCCAAUCUUUUCGAAUACGACGCAGUGAUGUCCGAGGUGUUCAAGAAUCUGGUGAACGAAGUCCUUUCCACAGAAUACACCGACCUUUUCACGUCCACCUUCACGAAUUCUCACUUCCAGGAUCUGUUGCAUUACGUGGAAAAAUUGAACCUCGACUCGAGAGAAUUCCACGCCAAUUUCCUUCCUCUUCUGGUCGUUAAAUUCUACGUUCAAAGUUACCUUUCGGCGUGA